GGCUCUGAGCCUGCUAUCCAGGGAACUCCGGAGGAGGAGUUGACAGUCUCUGCAUCCCUCACACCCCAGGACGGGACCCAGCAUGUCUCAGGCCACCAAGAGGAAACAUGUGGUGAAGGAAGUGCUGGGGGAACACGUGGUGCCCUCCGACCAGCAGCAGAUUGUGAGGGUACUGCGGACCCCAGGGAACAAUCUGCAUGAGGUGGAGACCGCCCAGGGACAGCGUUUCCUGGUGAGCAUGCCCUCCAAGUACCGCAAGAACAUCUGGAUCAAGAGAGGCGACUUUCUCAUUGUUGACCCCAUUGAAGAGGGAGAGAAGGUGAAGGCUGAGAUCUCCUUUGUGCUGUGCAAGGACCACGUGCGCUCUCUGCAGAAGGAGGGCCUCUGGCCUGAGGCCUUCUCCGAAGUGGCCGAGAAACACAAUGGCAGGAAUAGACAGACUCAGCCAGAGCUCCCAGCUGAGCCCCAGUCAUCGGGAGACGAGUCCAGCUCUGAAGAUGAUUCUGACCUGUUUGUUAACACCAACCGCAGACAGUACCAGGAGAGCGAGGAGGAGAGCGAGGAGGAGGCAGCCUAA